AUGUACUGCGCUAAAAACAUUAAAUCGUUUGCCGGAGCAGCCCAAAUCGUUACUACCUUCACGCUAGCUUUAGUCGUCGGGAGGGCAUCCAUUGUUUUGGCACAGGUAGAAUCUUCCAAUCGCUUGAGCUCCGAUUUGUUUGAUCUAAGACCCCAAAGCCUACCUGAGUAUCUUCGCAAACAAUAUGAGGAGGAUGGAUUUGUGGUGGUCCCCAAUUUGGUUUCCAAACAGGCGACAUCUGCCCUGCUCAAAGACCUAGAGGCGUCUGACAUGUUCACUCCAGAGACAAACAUUCUUCGCAGAACCUUUUCUUCCGUGUCCAAAACUUACAUGACACUAUCAACGACAUUCCAGCCCUUUGUGGCAAAACAGUUGGUAGGGAGCCAAGAGUUGUACCACGCUUUCGACGCAUUGUACAUCAAGACUCCUGGUCAAGAGGGCGGCAACUGGCAUAGAGAUCAUCCCGUAACCCGAGUUGUACAGGACGAAGAUACAAUGAUUGCAAUUUGGAUGACACUCACAAACACUACUGGAGGUCCUGACGGUGCUUCCAUGGUGAUGGCAAAUGGAUCUCACAAGUGGAGCUUGACAGAAGGUUGCACUGGCUUGGAUCAUAUUGGAGGAGAACUUGUUCAUCAAAAUUGGAAAGGAUAUGAGGAAUGCAUGCAGCGGCUAGGCCGGGUCUCAGUACCACUUCCUCCCAUGGAGCCUGGUGACGCUGUCCUGUUCCAUCCAGAAUUGUUUCAUAAAACAGCGGCAAGUUUCGCCGCUGACCAGACAAGAGUAGCCCUCUCGCUGGUGGCAAUAACAGAGAAAGCACGGUUCCGAGCAGACCAAACAAUCCACGCGUGCAACGUCAAACCACGGGCUUUGUUUGCGCUGGAGGAGCUCCACAUAAAAGGUGGAGAUCUUCUGUCCACCAUGACAGAUGCCGUAUUCCCAAAACUAGACCCAAGUAAUGCACUCUCGGGACCCAGGACCACCUCAAGAUAUGUGCACAACCCCGAAGUCAAAAAGAAAUCUCUACAUCACAUGUUGGCCAACGUUCUCCUUGGUUGUUCAGCCAAGCGACUGCUGAGAAUUGUUCCGAACUCAUAUGAAGGUAAACGUGAAAGACAGGGAGGAUCUCCGAAAACAUUCGACAGCUAA